AUUUGUGGUUAGAAAUACGUCUUUAUCAAUUCAUCACAUUCUGCACUCUGCAGCAAUAAAAGUUAUUCUAGCCCCACCUCCUCCAAGCCAAUGGCUACGCUAGUAUCUUCUCCUUUGUCUAUUGAUCAGCUUGUAGAUGUCAUUGAUUUGUUAAAGAGGUCAGGGUAUCCUGAAACAAGAUGGCAAGAUCUGGGAUUGAGACUAGGACUACACAAGAACACACUGGACGCCAUUGAAAGGAAUCAUCCUGGUGAUGUAUCUCGCUGUUUGACUGAAUGUCUGUCUAAGUGGUUACGUAAAGCAGACAAUGUUAAUAGUAAAGGAGGAGCUACCUUUGACUCACUGUCAGAUGCUCUUAGAUCAAUGGAUGAAAUUGCUGUAGCUGACAAGUUAGAUCAAGAGAGACGUAAUGCUAUGGCUACUUGUAUUUUUGAUUCUCAUUGUCAUAACCUUUCACAGUCUCUCUGUGAUCCAGUCAGUGUAUUGAGUGAAUUUUGUCGGUCUAUAUCUGUCACUCUCUGCUUGAAGGAGAAGUUUGAAGCCAAUCCUUCACUUCAGUGUGAAACAGCUACCUAUGUAUUUGACUGGAGGCCUGAUGAAAAGAAAUUGAAAGAUAUCACUGAUAUUCUUUCCAAGACAUCUGGUAAAUUUGUUAAGAUCAAGUUCAUUGAUACUGGAUACUCCAUUCUGAUCACUUGCUCCUUCCCUCACUCUCUCACUGGAGCUUUCAUCACAAUAUUAAUUGAAAAUCUUGAUGUAUUAAUAAAGAAUGGUUUAAAGAAAGUUACCAUUGGAUGUUGUUUAAUAUGGGAAAAACAAAAAUUAGAAGAGAUGGAGCAACUGCUGGAAGAAGAUAUAGAUAUGAUUAAAGUCAAUCAAGGUGAUAUAAGUGAAGAUCCUUAUGUUUUACAAAAGAAAGAGAAGCAACUUACAGCAUAUCAUUCAGAAGAUUCUGGUCUACAGUCACUUGAUACAAGUUUUGCUAUUGUUACAUUACAACUUAAGAAAGAAAAUGAGACCAACAAGAGAUUAGAAGAGAAACUACAAAAAUUGAAAGAAAAGUACUGCAUUCAGCAUAUGUUACUGUUAACUAAUACUGGCUCAGCAUCGAGCAGGAUUAGAAGAGGAAUGAGGAUGGAGAUAGAAGAAUUGAUAUUAUAUUUAACAGCAAAUAAAUCUGAUUUAGAGGAUCAGAAAGCAGCAUUGGCAGAGAAUAAGAGAGAGAUAGAGUAUUUGCAAGAACAGAUAUCAUCAACUAGUGUACAGUUACUUAUGAAAAGAGAAGAGAACAAGAAGUAUAAAGCUGUAAUAAAAGAUGAAAUAUUUCACAAAGAAAAGAAAUUAUUAGAAGAUGAAGAAAAAUUAAAAAAGGAGAGCGGAGAUUUUAAAUUGUCAGAAAAUUUAGACACAUUAUCAUCAUUAGAAAUGCAACCUUGGUUCCAUGAAAAUGUAUCUAAAGCAGAUGCGGAUGCAAUAUUAGAUGAUUUCAAACAUACUCCAGGUGCUUUUAUUGUCAGAAGAAACUUUGUUGGAUACUAUUUCUUGUCAUUUGUUCAUAAUUUUAAAAUCCGUCACCUUAGUAUAUCCGAAAUAAAUUAUAAAGAAGGAAAGAUAAAUUAUCGUAUUAGUGGAGAUUUUCUGUCCUUUGUCUCAAUAGUAGACCUCAUUGAUCAUUAUUGUCUGUAUCAUAUCAAUAUUGAUCAAAUCUCUCAUCAAAAGCUCACUGUACCUAUAUCUAAAAAUAAGGUCUCUCUUACAUAUGUGACACAGCCAUGGUAUAAUAAAAAUGUAUCCAGAGAGAGUGCUGAAUACAUGUUAGAAAGAGAGGAAGAUGGUGCUUUCUUAGUCCGUCCCUCUAGUGAAGGACACAACACAUGGGCUAUCAGUUUAGUAAUUGGUAACUCUGUUUGCCAUUUGAAAUUUUUUGGCAAAGGUGGUCAAUUUGAAACAGGAAAUAGUACUUUUGACAGCAUGGUUGAAUUGGUUGAUUUUUACAAACAGAAUCCAAUUUAUGCAGACACAAAGCUAAAAUAUCCCAUUAAUGAAGAAAUACUAAGACAAAAAUAUCUAAUACACGUGUCCGACAAGUGUACUACCGUAUAGACAGUAAGAAGGAUAGUUCAGAAAUUAUGAUGAAUUUUUAUUUUAUUAUUUUAAAUACGGUAUACAUCAA